UCCUGGAAUGUCUCUCGUAUUCGUGGGAACGUCGAUGAUCGAGCAGAUCGAGCAAUACUACUUUUGAGGUUGUUUGAGGUUGGAGAAGCGGACACUUCUUUGACACAUCGAGGCCUCAUGACAUAAUGACGGGGAACGUCGAUUUGCUCGCGGUUUAGUCAUGCCCGUCGCGGGGAUCUCGCUGUGAAAGGGGCAACCCGCAAUCAUGUGCGACAAUAUAAGGGGCAACCCGUUCGCCGGGCUGUUCUCCACGGAUAACGAUGCCGUCUCGUUCUCCUCGGAGCAUCGCGCCGUCGACGACGGCGCCGACGACGCGAGUUGCGCGGAACGGCGGUCGUCGGGCGCGAGCAAGGACGAGCCCGGGAUUCCGGUCGAGAACGCGACCGAGACCGCGGAUCUCGACGACAAGGUCGACCGACUCAUGGCACACGUGUUCGGCUUGACGUUGCGCCGCGCGCAAGACUCUCUGGUGUUCGUCGACGCCGACUCGAUCGAGCACGCCGUAUUCGAGCGCCUGAUGCUGCCGGAUCCCAAACCCAAGGCGCGAGACGUCGACAGCCACGUCGUGCAGACGCAGGUCAUAACCUACCUCUACGAGUGCUACUGCCGUUUGAAGCGCUAUCAGACGAACGGCGUCGAGGACACCGUGAGAAACGCCUGUCAGAUCGUACUGCGAAACGCCAACACGGCCUUGCAGGAGCCGGAUUUGUUUCAGUAUCAGGAGAUUCAUAGCCAAUUUGUUGCUUUAUUUAUGAAUGACGUUACGUCAGAGUCAGAAUUAUCGUCGUUCGUCAGCGGCAUAGUGGAAGAAUUAAUAGCGGUGAAUCGAGAAAGCGACGUAGAGGAUGUAGUUACAAAGUCGUUCUCUCCAGUCCUCGAUAUUAUCCAUAAGGAAGCAGUUCAGAGCAAUCUCUUUACCUUCUGCAAACAGUGGUUCGCUCUCCUGAAUACAUUUUCCACCAUUGAUCCACUGGCAAAGCUAAUAAUUCGCCAUAGCACACCAAAGAAUAAUCAGGGCUGCGGGUAUUCGGAAACAUUACUGGGCGCGCUCUUCAGCAUAAGCUGUUUACCGAAAACGUCCAAAGAUCCGUACGAUCUUUUCGACAAACCUCUACGGCAACCGAAUACGAUUAUGGAGGAGACCAUACCGGUGGCCAUGGGCAGUCUGAGCGAGGCCCUGCACAAGGUCUUUCACUCCCUGUUGAAAUGUUCGACUGAGCUUCGCCAUUUGACUUUGCAAUGGCUGGGUAACUGCCUCCAUGCGAAUGCAAAUAGAGGAAAACUUUGGAACUCUCACAUGGAGAUGGGAUUGCUGGGAGUGCUGUGCGUGUCGGAUGGUUUCAUGUUGAACAUAGGCAAUGUACUGUUACGCCUCUGUCAACCAUUUUGCGCUAAACUGAAUGACGCCAAAGUACCGAAGAUCGAUCCCACAUACUGUAGUGCGGAGGCAAAGGACGAAGCCGAGAGUCUACAACGUGGUAUACAUAUGAAAGGAUUGAGCUCCGAGACAUGUUUAAUACCAACCCCAGAAGGGGAAAGUCGGCCAACGGCAGAUUCAUUCGGAUUUAUAACAGAAUGCUUUUUCCUAACACAUCGUGCAUUAGAUCUUGGUUACAGAGUUAUCCUGGACAAGUUUUUAAAAACAAAUCAAGAUUUGGCUAGGAUACAAAGAGCUUACAAUGAUGCUCGAACUGGUGGCAGUUCAGAGGUGCUAGAACUCAUAACGCAACGAAUGGAGACCGAAAUGACAAAGUAUCUAACACUUAAAGCGAGUCUACUGGUGCCGAAGAUGUUGGAACACUUGGCGAAAUUUCACGCAAUGACGGCAUUUUGGUUGACACAAGUCAAUUUACACAUUGUAACUGAAGAGGACAAACAAAAUUUUGCGCCGAAAGAAUAUACACCCGUUACAUUCCCGUUAUCAGAAACUGUUCCAAUUACGCUAAGAUGCAUUCCUGAGUUCGUAGUGGAGAAUACUAUUGGAUUCUUGUGUUUCUUACGUCGGUUAAGUCCAAACACGUUCGAGGAGCAGGGUCCGAGUUUUCUGAAUCCGAUCUUGACGGAGAUUAUAGUUUUGAUGGAGUCCCAGCAUCGUCUGUACAAUCCGCAUCUGCGCGCGCGUUUAGCCGAGAGCCUGGAGGCACUUUUACCGACCGCAGACGAGAACGUUGCUCCAGCAACGCCAAACCUAGGAACAUUCCAUAGGGAACAGCUGUUUCUCACUCAUCCGUACAGACAGCAAAUAAUUGUCAACUUGCUGUAUGUGUUUGUAAGUAUCGAGAUGACCGGGCAAAGUGUACAAUUUGAACAAAAGUUCAACUACCGUCGUCCAAUGUACAUUGUUAUGGAUUAUUUAUGGAAGCUUGCCGAGCAUCGUAAUAACUUUAUUACGUUAGCUCAAGAAGCAGAAAGCAACAUGGAAGCGGUUCAACCACCUUUGUUUCUGCGUUUCAUUAAUCUGUUGAUGAACGAUGCUGUAUUUCUCUUGGACGAAGCUUUAUCAAAUAUGGCACAGUUGAGACAAAUGCUACAAGCUAGGGAAAGCGGAGAAUGGAAUAAAUUGCCACCGAAUGAACGCGAGCAACAGGCG